AUGGAGUCGAUCCCUCUGCUGGAUGGAGGCAACUCCUCGCAGGAGAAUACCUCAGAAUAUACAGGGGAUGGAUCUGUUUGCAUCAGUGGGCAUCCUGCUUCCAGAAAACUUACAGGGAAGUGGAAGGCCUCCUCCUUAACAAUAGUUUGUUCAUUCUGCUGUUUUCUGGCAUACUCUUCGAUCGCGAAAAACCUAGUCAGUUAUCUCACAAAAGUCCUACACGAAACAAAUGUGGCUGCUGCAAGAAAUGUUGCAACUUGGCAAGGUACUAGCUACCUCACACCUCUGAUUGGAGCCUUCGUUGCUGAUUCAUAUCUGGGGAAGUACCAGACAGCUUUGAUCUCCUGCACGAUUUUCAUUGUUGGAAUGAUGAUGUUGCUUUUGUCAGUAGCACUUCCAUCAAUCUCAACUGGUCCUCACACUUGGACUGUUUGGUCAGAUCCAGUCUCUUCUCAGCACAUAUUCUUCAUUGGGUUAUACAUGGUUGGUUUAGGAUAUGGUGCACAGAGCCCUUGUGUUACAUCCUUCGGAGCCGAUCAAUUUGACGACACCGAUGAAGUGGAGAAAACAAAAAAGAGCUCUUUCUUCAAUUGGAACUAUUUCACAAUCAAUGCUGGUUCACUGAUCGCGGGGACUGCUAUUGUGUGGGUUCAAGACCACGAAGGUUGGAUCUGGGGUUUCACCAUCUCUACACUAUUUGUGACUUUAGGCAUAGUUACUUUUUUCUUGGGCUUCAAUGUGUAUAGACUUCAGAAACCUGGAGGAAGCCCGCUUGUAAGAUUAUGCCAGGUAGUUGUUGCAGCUACUCGGAACUGCGAUGAAGUUGUGCCACAUGAUUCCUCCGCUCUUUAUGAGUUUCUGGGGCAAGGUUCAGCCAUCGAAGGCAGCCGGAAGUUGGAGCAUACAACUGGACUUGAGUUCUUCGAUAAAGCUGCAAUUGUGACAAUAUCUGAUUGUGAAUCCUCUGGCCUACUUAAUACAUGGACGAUUUGUACUGUCACUCAGGUGGAGGAGUUAAAGCUUCUAAUCAGAAUGUUCCCAAUUUGGUCCGCAAUGGUAUUGUUUGCUGCAGUUCAGGCACAAAUGUUUUCAACAUUUGUAGAGCAAGGGAUGGCCAUGGAGAGACACAUCGGGUCUUUUGAAAUACCUGCUGCAUCCUUCCAAUGUGUAGAUACAAUUUCUGUCAUUAUACUAGUUCCAGUUUAUGAGAGAGUCCUUAUUCCAGUAUUCAGAAGAUUCACUGGAAGACCGAAUGGCAUUACAACACCGCAGCGAAUAGGGAUUGGUUUAUUUUUCUCCAUGUCCGGAAUGGUGUCAGCAGCAUUGGUGGAGAGUAAUCGCUUACAGAUUGCACAGGCCGAAGGUUUGGUGCACCACAAAGUGGCUGUUCCGAUGAGCAUCCUGUGGCAAGGACCCCAGUACUUCCUGCAAGGAGUCGCCGAGGUGUUCUCCAACAUUGGGUUAACAGAAUUUUUCUAUGAUGAAUCUCCAGAUGGCAUGAGAAGCUUAUGUAUGGCAUUCUCACUUGCUAACGUCUCUGCGGGAAGUUACCUUAGUUCAUUUAUCCUCUCUCUCGUGCCUGUAUUCACAGCAAGAGGAGGCAUCCCAGGGUGGAUACCUGACAACUUGAAUGAAGGGCAUUUGGAUAGAUUCUACCUGAUGAUGGCUGGUCUGAGUUUACUGAAUAUUUUUAUCUAUGUAUUCUUUGCUACGAGGUACACAUGUAAGAAGGCUUCCUGAAACUCGCUGACCUUUCAUCGUAAAUGGAAAUAAUAAC